AUGUAGAACUACGAAUACAGUUGGAUCUAAUUUGUUUUGCUAAAAUAUAUUUUGCACGUUCAUCAAUCGUUUAUACCGUUUAUACGUGAACUACGAGUUUAGUGGCAUAAUAAAGCAAUAACACGAUGAGCUGCUCACAAGACUAUUUGAACAGCACGCAGAAUUUAGUGCAUCCGGACUGGGAAGUGAUAGAUCCUACACCAGACAUUCACACUUUGUUUCCUGUGUUCGACCGGAAGUUUUUCCAAAAUCGUCUGGUGUGUGUACAGCUAGAAUGGAGCAAAAAAAUGUAUAGCUGUGCUGGCAUUUGUUAUCAACGCUCGAACCGUGUGGGAAAAAGUUGUAUUAUUCGUCUGAGCGAACCACUACUUAAGCUGCGUCCCCGAAAGGACUUGGUUGAAACUCUAUUACAUGAGAUGAUUCACGCAUAUUGCUUCGUGCUGGGUAUCCGGGAAGGAAACGGUGGACAUGGUCCUAACUUUAAGAAAAUAAUGAACGGAAUCAAUCGUAUUGCUGGAACUAACAUAACAGUUUACCACACGUUUCAUGAUGAAGUUAAACUAUACAAAACACACUGGUGGAAAUGCAACGGUAUGUGUCGUAAUCGAGGACCUUUUUAUGGAUUGGUUAAAAGGUCUGCUAAUCGCAAACCAGGACCUUCGGACUUCUGGUGGGCUGGUCAUCAAGCAACUUGUGGAGGAGAAUUCAUAAAAAUCAAGGAACCGGAUCCAAAACGGAAGAAGGCCACAUCUAAUAAAGAGAACAAACUGCUUUCGCAGGAUGGCAAAGGUAAAAAGCCUGGAACUGUAUCACAGCAUACAAAUAUUACCAACUAUUUUGAUCUAACGGGCUCAUCGCAAGACUUGAAAAAGCCCUACAAGGGAGCAACAGCAAAUGCGGGUGGACGAACCAUUGUGAUACGUAGACCUCCGAAUACGACUAAAGAACCCCCGUCAAAAGUUGGAAACUCCACGCCCGUUAAGCAUUCAGAGCCAAAUGUUCCUCCAGGAGGUAACCUACGGAAUGUAAAACAGUUUAAAGAUCUUUCUGGUAGCGACUUGAGUCCAAUUAAAACACCCCCGGCUUCACUCUUUACGGGAACUGGUCAAACACUUGGAGGAACAAGUUCCUCACUCCAGUCAGGAAGCACUGGAAAAAGUCGAUUAUUAAAUCAAUUUCCGCCACCAAACAAAAAGUUUAAACAAAAUACUCGCCCUAUUGAACAAGAAACGAUUGAUCUUUCUGAUGACGAAGAUUAUAUCUUUGAGCAAAUCGACUUGGAUCAAAUUAAGCAGCAACGACAGAAUGCUAUUCGAAAGGAAAUUUUUGAAUCCUUUGCUAAUGAUGAUAUGCAGGACAUUAUUCUUAUCGAUGACGAAUACGACGAUGACAUGGCAGCUGUUUCCGACUUAGAGAAUCUUAAUGAAUCGCUCACAGACGUUUCGGUCAUUGAUGAGUUAUUCAGCGAACAAGAUGCGUUAAUAGACGAGUUUAAUCGUACCAACAAUCAGCUCAAAGUAGAACGAGUAGAAGACGAAAUGAUCACUUGUCCAAUGUGUUCAAAAAAGAUGAGAAGAUCAGAAUUAUGCUCACACUUGGAAAUAUGUUUGGAUGUCCGACAAGGGGGAAACGCUCACGAUCCUAGUCUGCCAACUACUUCAAAAACUUCCUUCGUGAAUGAUUCAAUGCCUAGCAGCAGUUCACAGACUGGUUGCACCGAGCAGCGACAAAUCCUCGAACAAUGCGGUUACAGCGAGAAUGACAUCAAGAAGGCCUUGGCAGCUAUGGAAGAAGAGGAACAAAUCGAAUCAAACCGAACACCCCAAUUGAGUGACAGUCAUCUACUCGACGAUAACGGUGAGGUUGAUUUGAUCGCUGUAGAAGAAUGCGAGUGUCCUGUUUGCCACAGAAAAAUUUCUUUUGACCAAAUUAACAGGCAUUUGGACCAGUGUUUAACAACGUGAUAAUCAUGUUA